AGACGGAGAGGAAGGAGAGUGGAGCCGGGGUAGAGACACCAGCAGGUGCAGAAGAUAGAGACAAACAGGGUGCCAAAAAAAGCUAGAUGAUCAGGGAAAAGUGUGUUAAAGGAUAAAAGUAAAGAAUAGAAAAUAGUUAAAGAGAGACCAGAAUAUAAUCUUUUAUUUUCCUGAGCUGGAUCCCACUUAUUUUCUUUUUCAGCCAGCUUCACUGAGCUCUUACCCUCCUUUUCUUGUACGGAUUCUUCUUCCUCGGAUCGUCCCCACCUCCUCCUCCUCUUCAUCCUGUCCUCCUCUUUGACAGACAGAGCCACCAUGGACACCGGGAGCCCCAGGAAGAUACAGUUCACCGUCCCCCUACUGGACACCCACCUGGACCCAGAGGCAGCUGAACAGAUCAGAAGACGCAGACCCACACCUGCAACUUUAGUGGCAUCCAGUGAUCAAUCAUCACCUGAAAUAGAUGAAGAUCGUCUCCCAAACCAGUUGUACAAGGCAGCCUUGUUGAACUCCCCUCGACAACGACGGAAAGGGCAAAAGGGAACGCCCACGAUGAAAGAGCUGCAGUUCCUGGUAGAGCACCACCUGUACAGGCAGCAGCAGGGCGCCGGGGACGAGUGCUCCUCAGAGAGCUGCCUGUCGGACCGUCCCAGCCCCGACUCUGUUCCCACUGGGGAGGAGCUCCCACACGAUGAUGAGGCUACUGCAGAGGCCUUUGAGAAACUGCGCUGCCAAAUGGAGGAGUUCUCAAGGGAGAGCCUAGAAGCUGCUGGUGGACUCGAGUGCCCCCUCUCCAAGGAGAAGGCUGAUUGCUCCAGUGUUGCCAACGUAGCAGAUCCCUCAUCGCAACAAAACAACGCACAAGCAGACACAAAAGCAGCAGCAUCCAGCGCGAGUCAGCCGGCGGAGGAGAAGACAAAGAAAUGCAGCCUGGAGAAAGAAAAAUAAAGCGUUCUUCUUCUGUACAACACAAAGCUGCUCAGUCUGCUCAGCCAGCCCAGCACAAUGACAGAAGAUUGUGUCUGCAGAUCCACUUUUUAGAAACAUCAGGGCAUCUAUGUUCCUCUACGGUCAGGCCUUAGUUACCACCCCGAGAACAAGAACAAAGGUUUCUACACUUAUUUUGUGUCAAAAAUCCUGUGUGAAUUAUUUAAUUAUGAUAUAUUGGUUUUCUAGCUUCUCCUGCACUAAAUUAAAACUAGCCUAAUGUAUCAACCUUACGGGAAAGAGAGCGUCUUUUCCUGUUCCAGUCACACAGUCAUUAUCAUAAACCACCAACACUCACAUGCAUAAUGUCCUGCUUAAUGUUCAAAGGCAACAAAUAUUCUAUCACAAUCCUUUUAGUCAGUUUCUAUCAUUAAAUAUGUGCCAUGACUCCUGCAAUUAUUGUUCCAUCUCAAAGCAAUAAAAAUGAAUUAGUACCUCAUAAAUAACUGGGACCCAAAACAUCACUUUUAAAUUCAAAUGCAAUCCUUUAGUUAGAUAGACACUGAAUCUGAAAUGAGUGGCUCGCACAUCUGGAUUGACUGACUGAAAAUAUUCAUGUAUGUUUACAGCACUGGAUUGGACAGCUAUCCUUAUCCUCCAUCUAUCAUCUUUCCUUAGUUUUCCACCAACAGAAACGCAGCCCAGUUGCCAGUAGAAAAUAUUUGCAUUGCACACAUCUGCAAACCACAAAUAUAUUACAUUUGCACUUUUUACACAUAUACUAUACUAGCUGACUUUGUAUUCGGGAGGUGGAGGGCAUGGUGGGUGGUGUACAGAUCACUGUUCAAAACCAACAAACAACAACACUGGUUGUUUCCCAGCAGCGUUUGAGCCACAGAGCCUAUUUCACUGUCUCAUCCCUGCUUUUCCAGCAGCUUUUGUGCCACCAAAUGUGGGUGUUUUAAUCCAAAACACUAUCUUUUCCUUUUCAUAACCAAGUGGUGUGUGUACCUAAACAUCACCACACGGAAAGUUUCAAUGAACCUGCUACAAGUUAAUGUACAAAUAUAAUGUAUCGAUGGUUUGCAGAAAUAUACAAUGUGAACAUUUUUUAUGGUGAUUGCGUUGAUUAUGUUUUGGAGUUUUGUGCCGUUGGUCGGACAAAACAAGACAUUUGAAGACAUCAUUUUGAACUCUAACUUUAAAAAACUCUGAGGGGCAUUGAGGGAAAGAAUGAUUCAUCAAUUAAUCGAGAAAACAAAAACGUAAACCAAAAGGGAAAACUAUUUAUAUUUUACAGUUUUUGGUUUGAUGAUGGUUCCCCCUAUCUUUGCAUAAAUUUGUUGGAAUACUGUUCUGAUAUUCAUCCAAGUGGAUGGGGACCUUGUUUCCAUACAGCCAAUCAGAUCAUUUCAUUCCAAACUAUAUUUGCAUAAAGCACUGACCUCAGACAGCAGCCUGAGCAACAAGAGCCACAAACUUUAAACAACCCACAUUAACUUUCUCCUUCUUAUCCAACUUGCAAACACGAACGCAUGCCUUGCCCCGAACGUUCAGUUUGUUGAAUGAGUGACAGAACAAACAUCCACCGAGGGAAAGUACUCUGCUAACUUCAUUUUGCAGGCUCGACACUCAUUUAUGGAGCCCCUGAGGUCCUGGUGAUAUUAUUUAUCUUGUUCCCACAAGACAGUUAACUUUUGUAUACAAGAUAAUUAUUUUUUGGGAACAAGUUAUUAUCUUGCGCUAAUGAGAUAAUAACCUAUGCCUAUCAUAAGCACAAGAGGCUAAUUUAUGUGCACAGGAUAAGAAAAUGUCUCUGGUGAAACUUUAGGGGCUCCAUAAUGAUUAGUCACUCAGCUGCAACAGCUUGUAAACUUACCUGCAAAUAUCCGGUUAGAUGCUGGUGUAGUCCUCAGUCUUCAAUACCACUGCUAACAGCACCCAGUCUGCCCAUGACAUGUAGACUACAAUGUAAGUUUGUCACCUGCUAGCUGUCAAUCAAACAGAGACACACCCUCAGCUGCUGAGGCGAAAGUACAUCUGAUAUUUUCUUUAUUUAUUUUUAUUCAAGACCCUUAUCUUUGACAUUGUAACUAUUAACAAUACAUAAAAAACAUUAUUUUUGUCAGUUGGACUUCAAAGUGUGAAGUAAUUACUGCUAAAUCCCAAUUAAAAACAUCAGUGAUUAUCAUGUCUGGUUACAGUAAUACACUAAUAACCAGCGUUCACCAGCUUAACUGUGUGGUUGUACAUCUCUAAAAGAAGGGAUGUUAAUGAGGGGUGCAUCUGCAGAUGCAUUUACAUAUUUGGAGCUAACAAGGACAAACCCCUCUCCAGUGAACAAAUUGCACCCUUAUAUUUGACACUGGAAUGCUUUUUGGGAAUCUUAAUCCUGCUCAUGAAACACUUUCCUGCAUGGCACUGAAUCAACGGUGACUUUUCUUUACUGUGCUUCAUUUUGUACGGGAACUUACUAAAACAUUGAAUCUGACAUUUUAAAUACAGGACACAAACUGUAAUUACCGACAUUCCCUUUUUUUUGUAUGAAACAUGGACAUUAUAAAGUCAUCACCGCACUCUUAAAUGUUAUCUCAUCUGUUAACUGUAUCACUAAGUGGCAUUAUUAUGUAGAGUGUGUGACAAUCCUCCCAUAACCUUUACAUUAUACUCGACAUGCCUGAAAGAAAUAAAACUGAAACCGAAAACUAAAGCCACCCAAGUAUUGAUCACAACAACUACGACCACUAUGUUCACAAAGAACAAGAAAGACAGUAAAAACAUUCCUGUGCAAGCUUUUGAUUUUUUCUUCUGCAGUGUAUUUAUGGACCAUGUAAUGUUUGUUCUGUUUUUGAAUGGUAAUAGUGUUCUUUACAUGGAUUUAAUCUGGGGAGUUUUGUUCCAAUUUUACUUGAAUUGAUUGAUGAUUACAUAUGUAAUCUAAAUUUGUUUGAUACAAUA